CGCUGCGCGUCGCCGGCUCCAGGUCAGGGCGAGCGAGCGGGUUCUCAUUAACAUGGAGGAUGAGUUCUUUGGAGAGAAGAGCUUCCAACAUUAUUGUGCAGAAUUCAUCAGACAUUCACAACAGAUAGGCGAUGGCUGGGAAUGGAGAACAGCCAAGGAAUGUUCUGAUGGCUACAUGUGCAAAACACAGUUUCAAAUAAAGAAUGAGACCUCGACACCACAUCUGGGAACACUUGCCAGUGUACGCACUUGUCUCCCUACAGAGGAGAAUUUAGAGCUUCCAAUGGAUGAUUCUGAAGUGACGAGACCUGCAUCGGUGGCAGAAGUGAUUAAACAUGAGUAUCAUGUCUUAUACUCUUGUAGCUACCAAGUGCCGGUUCUUUACUUUAGGGCAAGCUUUUUAGAUGGGAGACCGUUAGCUCUGGAGGAUAUAUGGGAAGGUGUCCAUGAAUGCUAUAAGCCGAGGCUGCUCCAGGGACCGUGGGACACCAUCACCCAGCAGGAACAUCCAAUACUUGGGCAACCAUUUUUUGUUCUACAUCCCUGCAAGACAAAUGAAUUCAUGACUGCUGUGCUAAAGAAUUCACAGAAAAUCAAUAGAAAUGUCAACUAUAUCACAUCAUGGCUGAGCAUCGUGGGGCCAGUGGUUGGUCUGAAUUUACCUCUGAGCUAUGCUAAAGCAACAUCACAACCGGAGUGAUUUGUUAACAAGCAAGAUCCACUGAUCCUAGAAACUGCAGCAUGAAGAUUGCAGGAUUUGAUGUGGAUUUCUUUCCUCGGAAAGAAGACAUCUGCAGAAACCUGUUUGGAAUAGUGGUUGUGUGGAAAGAACAUGUCACACAUUCAGAUCACUAUAAAUAACAAGAAUGAACCUAGUUCGGUGAUGAUGUCAUUUCUGUCGUCAUCAGGGCUUGCAUGGGUCGUUUUUGCCUAGGCACAGUUCUCCUGUUGGGGAGAUGGAUGGGGAAGUGUAUUUGUGUGCUCACUUUAGUGUACAAUGAAUGAAAAUUAAAAUGUAGAACUUUCCUGUUUCUGAAAAUUAAUGUAAUAAAUAUGAUGCAUCUUAAAUUAUUCUCCCACAGUCAAA